GUGUUUAAGUACGCAAUGAACACUCAUAACCAAAACAUCAGCAGUCGUCGCUUGGAGUUGCAGGCAUACGUAGAUGUCAUCAACACAGCGGAUGCAUUCAAACUCAGUCGGCUUAUAUGCAACCAAUUUGCGCGCGGGGUGUUUGGCAUGCUCGGCGCGGUGACGCCCGAAUCGUUCGACACACUCCAUUCGUACACCAACACCUUUCAGAUGCCGUUUGUGACGCCAUGGUUCCCUGAGAAGGUGAUACCGCCUUCGUCGGGACUGAUCGACCACGCUGUGAGCAUGAGGCCUGACUAUCACAAGGCUAUUGUUGAUACAAUCGUGUGGUAUGGAUGGACCGAGAUCAUCUACAUGUACGACUCGCAUGACGGAUUACUACGUCUACAGCAGCUGUAUCAAUCAAUGCAGCCAGGUCGCACGGUGUUCCGGAUCUCUCUUGUGAAACGGAUUACUAACGCAUCGGAAGCGAUGGACUUUUUGCUGGCACUGGAACAACAUGACCGGUGGGGCAACAAGCGUAUUGUUCUCGAUUGCAAUGCAAAAAAUGCCAAAAGUAUUCUUGUCGAACAUGUUCGGAAAGUGCAAUUGGGCCGGAGAACCUACCAUUACAUGCUCAGCGGACUGGUUAUGGACGACCACUGGGAGAACGAAGUAACCGAGUACGGCGCAGUCAACAUUACCGGGUUCCGCAUCGUCGACCACUCGCGCAAGAUUGUGCGCGAUUUCAUGGACGGUUUGCGAAGAAUGGACCCCCGAUUCAAGGGAACCAUAUCGGUAAGUGCUCAAGCUGCACUCAUGUACGACGGAGUGCAAGUAUUAAUGGAUGCACUCGGCAGGCUUUCGAGGAAGAAGCCAGAUGCAUUCCGCAACGCUCUCCGCAGGGCCGCCGGCCAAGCUAACUCGACCAAAGUCAUCGAUUGUAACCCUGGCAAAAGCUGGGUGAUACCCUUUGAACACGGCGAUAAGAUAUCUAGGUUAAUUAAAAAGACUGAUAUAGAGGGUCUUACAGGAAAUAUAUCAUUCAAUGAAGAGGGGCAUAGACACAAUUUUACAUUACAAGUAGUUGAGAUGACUGUCCAGAGCGCCAUGUUAACGGUUGGAACAUGGACCGACGCAAAUGGACUCUCCGUGAGUUCUCCGAAGCAAGUACAGCUGAAAUCACCAGCAUCUUACGAUACCAAUAAAACAUACAUAGUCACAACAAUAUUACAAGAACCUUACUUGAUGCAAAAGUCUAAAACGAGUCACGCUGUUUCUGAAACCCAAUAUCACGGAUUUUGCAAGGAUUUAGUUGAUCUUCUGGCUCAGAAAUUGAAAAUAAAAUAUGAGAUAAGACUCGUACAAGAUGGGACUUACGGAUCGGAGACCCCAUCCACCGGCUGGUCCGGUAUAGUUGGCGAAAUAGUUCGAAAGGAAGCGGAUAUCGCUGUGGCUCCUUUGGCCGUAACACCCGAACGCGAGAUAGUGGUGGAUUUUAGUGAGGCCUUCCUUUCAAUCGAUUAUCCAAUCAGCCAUGCAAAAACGCCGAAGCAACUAGCAGACACUUUCAGUUUUCUUCGACCGUUGUCAAAGGAAAUUUGGCUUUGCGUGCUCUUCAGUUUUUUUGCAGUCAGCAUAGUACUAUUUCUUGUGUCAAGAUUUUCACCUCACGAGUGGCGCUCGGUUUCUAUAACCGACACUCACUUGGAUCACCCUAUUAGCAGCGCUAAUGAGAUUAUCUUGCAUAACGAAUUCAGCAUAUGGAAUUCGUUUUGGUUUUCACUUGGUUCAUUCAUGCAACAAGGCAGCGACGUGGUUCCUAAAUCACUCUCCGGUAGAAUUGUUGGCACGGUAUGGUGGUUCUUUGCUCUAAUACUUGUCUGUUCAUAUACGGCAAACCUGGCUGCCUAUCUCAUAGUGGAGCGCUUAUCCGAGCCAAGUCAGUCCAUAGUCACGCCAUCAGGGGUGCUGCAAACCGAACAGAAUGGUAUAGACGGAACAGUUUUGAAUGAGGAUCUUGCCCAGUACUCAUUUGAAAAAGAAGGGCAACUUGUAUGCGGUUCCAUCAAUCGCGCAUGUCGCUACAAACAUGUCAACUUCGCCAUUGCUACUGCCAAGGGAUCGCCUUUAAGGGAGGUGAUAAAUCUUGCCAUAGUCGAAAUGAAAUCGACGGGAGUUAUAUCAAAACUGUGGCGUAAAUGGGUACUCGAGACCAGAAAAUCGGACUGUGACGACGGAAAGGACGAGGAAACAAGUAUUACGGAAAUGACGCUUAGUCAAGUAGCCGGAAUAUUCUACGUGCUGGUGGGUGGUCUGGCGCUGGCGCUGGGAGUGGCCCUGCUGGAGUUCUGCCAGCACGGGCGCGCGGAGGCUGCGCGCGCCAACGUGCCGCUGCGCGCCGCGCUGUCCGCCAAGGCGCGCCUCGCCUCGCGCGCCGACCACAAGCCCUCGCAUGCUCACACACACUCCCGGCAGAUGCAGCGCGACCACGAACGACUUGGGUGGAAUGGCGCCGCUUUCGCAGGGUACUUCGCGGCGGGUACGCAAAUCGCUCAGGACGACGCCGUGCACGCCAGCUUCACGCACGUCUGAUCCGCGGAGAAGGGCGGCGCCAACGUGCGCCGCUCUUCGCUCACCAAGCCCGCCAACGCCGUCGACCUCUAUCAGUUAUAAGCUCAACCGGCUCAGAGUCCAUAAUGCAGUUUUAGCGUGUCUCAAAUAUAACACUGUUGCUAUAGCACUCAGCACCUUGUACGCAGCUGUAAGGGCAGAAGCUGAACUUGUAGUGCCAACUACAUAGGUCGAAUCGAAGUUACCUCUUUCAUUACUAUGGCUAUAUUUAUUGUCAAAGCUGUCAAAAUGGUGUUAUCGAUAUAUGGUAACGGUUUAGGUACUCAAAUAUUUCGGAGCAGCAUUAAAUUUCAAUAUUAUGUUCGUUACGAUAGACGAGGCCUAUAAGCCAGGAGUACUGUGCUGGGUAGGAAUUCGCCAAUGAGCAGAUUUUGUCAAAUUGCCAAUGAACUCAGUGAUGUUUUUGAUAUACACUCUGACCCACCUAGUAAAUUACGCAGGUCAAUUAAAAAACUGACCGUUUUCAAGUAACUACAGUUGUUAGCAAUGCACUCUAGAUAUAACUUUUUAUUCUAUUUUUUCUUCUCCUGUAUAUUUAAGAUUUUGCCCUAAGUUGAAGUAUGUUCUAUAUUACUUUCAGCAGUAUUGUGUAAGCCUUAAUUGUUACCUACCCUCGUUGUUACUUUCUAAAUUACAUGAGGUAUUUGCAUGUGGAGUUUGCCUGUAAGUGAUUAUUACACUUUUCUAGAAUAUUGCGCAUGUGAGUUUAUGUAAAGCAUUGGUGUAAAUAAUUAUUGGUAAACCUUGAAUAAACCAAAAAAAAUAAAUAAUAAUAAUAUCGGGACA